UGUUUUUUUCACAACAUAGCACACUGUGACUGUCUCUGAUUUGAGUGGAAAUAUUAACUGGAAACAUGCCGAGAAGGCCAAGAAAAAAGGCGGUGGAGAAUAUUGUCAAUUAUGACUCUGAUGACGAGAGGAAAUAUUCCAAGGAAGCCGUGCCAGAUCCCACUCAGGAGGAUUUCUUCUUUGACAAUGUGGAUAAAAACCAUGCUGCAAAAGAAAAGAUUCUUCUGGAUAAAGGACUGAGAGACAACGAGCAAUAUUCAUCAGACAGCGAUGAGGAAGUUCUGGGCCUAGGUGUGUAUGAUGACGAUGAUGAUGACUUGCUUAGUGAUGAUAGUAUUCAAAACUACAAGAAACAGCUGAGAAAGCUCAAAUUACACAAAUUAAAAAAUGACAGGGAAAAAGAUACAGAGAGUGGAGGAAAGGACCUCCCAGACUUGAAGGCAUGGGGCAAGAAGAGGUCUAAGUACUAUGGGGCAGAUAUAAGUGAUGAUGACAUAGACCUGAGCGGUGAAGAAGAGGAGGAGGGGGCAGCAGUGCUGGAAGAAAGGGAAGCCAUGAACUUGCAGAAAAAAAUGGCAGCUGAGUUAGAACUCGCAGACUUUCAUUUGGGGAUAUUUGAGAAGAAAAAGAGUGUUACUGAUGAGGAAGUCGGUACUGGGAAGAUCAGCAAGGAAUUGUCUGAACUCUCUGCUGAAGAAAAAUUACAACUGUUAAAGAAAAAAUCUCCAGAAAUGUUACCUCUUAUAAAAGAUUUUGAGUCUUUGAUAAAGCAAGCUAAAAACAAGUUUCUUCCUCUUUCAAAACUCACAGGAGGUGGCAAAAUUUCAAAAAAUGCAUCAGAUUACAUUCAGUGUCAACUUCAACUUAUUCUCAACUACUGCACAACUAUUAGUUUCUACAUGAUGCUGAAGGCAAAACAAUUACCAGUUCAGAACCAUCCAGUUAUUAAAAGGCUUGUGCAAUACCAAAAUUUGAUGAAGCAGAUGAAGCCAGCAGAUGUUAAGUUAAACAACCAGAUAGAAGAAAUUCUAAAUAAAGUAAGAAAUGGAGAGGAGAUUUUCCUGGAAGAAAAUAAACCCCAACGACCUUCCACAUUUAUAAAGCCAAAGAGAAGGAGUAUGAAGACUGUGAGGGAGAAGGCAAUGGAGAUCUCUAGACCCGGUGAAAGUGAUGAAAGUGACGAAGAGGAUAUUCCCAACAAAAGACAAAAGAUAGAAAAUCCACGCUAUGAGACAGAGGAUGAAAAAGCAGCCUUGGCUUACUAUGAAAUGAUGAAAAUGAGGCAAAGUUCUGAAGACGAGGAUGAAGAAAGAGAAGGAGGAGAGGAAGACUUAGAGGGAGAAGAAGAUGAAGAAGCUGAAGAUGGAGGGAAGAGGGCCAUUACUUACCAGAUUGAGAAAAACAAGGGCUUGACACCAGCCAAGAAAAAGGAGCUGAAAAACCCAAGGGUUAAACAUCGAAUGAAAUAUCGCAAAGCUAAGAUUAGGAGGCGGGGCCAGGUACGAGAUGUUAGGACCGAGACGUCUCGUUAUGGUGGAGAAAUAUCAGGAAUUAGAUCCGGGAUCAAAAGAGGAAUAAAAAUGAAAGUGUAGACUUUAAAUAAAUUGUUCAAUAAUAUAUUCUUCUUUAAU